AUGACCUCAAACGGUUGCCCGGACGAACUCGCGAUCGACUGUCGCGACCUUACCUUCCACUUUAACCCGAACGACACGGAGCCCGUCCUAUCCGGCCUUAACAUACAGCUUGCCCGUGGGGACUGCUGCCUCCUCGUCGGUGCCAAUGGAGCCGGCAAGUCGACGCUCCUCCGCAUCCUAGCUGGCAAGCGCUUGACCAAGACGCGCAACUGCCGCAUCCUCGGCCAGGAUGUCUUCAUGAACACCCCUGGUGGCGUCGUAUACCUCGGUACCGAGUGGUGCAUGAACCCCGUCGUGCGCUCGGACAUUGUGGUGUCCCACUUCCUCGACAGCGUUGGCGGGUGGCGGCACCGCGCACGCCGUGAUCGCCUCCUCGAGAUCCUUGACGUAGACCUCGACUGGCGCAUGCACCAGAUCUCGGACGGUGAGCGCCGCCGCGUCCAGCUCUGUAUGGGCCUCAUGACCGAGUGGGAUGUUCUCCUACUCGACGAGGUGACGGUUGACCUGGAUGUGCUCGUGCGCGCAGAUCUCAUCACCUUCCUCGCUUCCGAGGCAAAGGAGCGCGGCGCCACGAUUCUCUACGCCACGCACAUCUUCGAUGGCCUCGGCUCUUUCCCGAACAAGAUCGUGCAUAUUCAGCUUGGAUCGACACCUCGGCCCACGCUUGAGUGGAGCCCGGGUAGCGGCGACCUUUUCUCUGUUGCACUUGGUUGGCUGCGCGAGGACCGUGAGCUGCGCCGCAAGAAGGAGGCCGCGCGAGGCAGAAUCCGUGGACCUAAGGGCGAUACCCGCGAUGCCCGGACGUUCUUCGACAAGUACGACUACGCUCACUAG